AUGGAGGACUACCCCCAAGGCACCACCGUCUCAGAAUGGCGCGUUCAUGUCCCUAAAGAAGACGGAGGAGACGGAGACGGAAGCGCUCUUGUUGUUAACGCUCCAUAUACACCCCCUUUCCAACCUCAACAUGACCCACAUGGCCACCGCCAAGCACCCAGCCCAGAUUUCUAUCACCCGCUUUCAUACUUCGAUAGCAGUGGCCAGCAAAAUGCCUCAAACGGCUACCAUCAACACCAUAGCAAUAUUCUCAGUGGAUGGGCUGCAAACCAUCCGGUCGCUGUCGCUAUUCCCGCGACCCAGAAAAUAACCAGAAUACAUUCAGACCGCUCGGGCAAAGCCUCAAGUUUUCCGGACCAUAAAGGCAGCACCCAUGUCUCUUCCAGCGGCUCUCAUCCCAGCAGCCCUUCGAAUUAUCCCUACUAUGACACGACCGGUGUACCUAUCGGUGGGGGAAGGUCAACGGGGGGUUGGAGAUCCAUUCGGCAAAGCAUAUUUCCGCCACAACAGCGACGGCAGCGACAGCAUCAAGUUGAAUCCACGUCUACUGGAAGCUCCCCCAAAAGCGAGGCCCGGCAUCGCGAAUCGUCUGCCGGAGGAAAGGCCCAUAGAUCGACGGGCGCUGUGCGUCGAUCAGAUCAGAAAAGAAAUAGUCAUAGCACCAAAUCACCGGAAAGGUCCUCAGAGAAGGCCCCUGACACCAAAAAGCAGCAACCGAAUCCACUCGAAUCAUCCAUAGCAAAGACAGAUGCAAAGGAUCCACGGCAACCAACGUUAGCGGCACAGCCAGAACAACACAACCAUCAGGGCAGUCCUUUGGCGCACAGCAAGGAAGGUCAAGGGUCUCCCGUUUUCGUUGAUGACAGGGCGAUUGUUCAAGAACCAGAAAGCUAUUACCGAUCCAAAGACCAGGGUCAAGGGCAGAAGGAUCAACAACAGCUCAAUCCAGAUCAGUCGGUGCGUACGAGUAGUGAGGUGGAAUACAUCACUGAAAAAUACUAUAAGCAUAAGCAAAAGGCCGCCGAGUUGGAACAGGAAGUUGCCACUUUGGAGGAUGAGAAUGACACUCUUCGAGAUCUCUUGAGUAAAGAGGCUGCAUCAAAAAAUCUGAUGAAUGGCAUGGGGGCAGGUAAAUGUCACUUGCAAGACAGCGACAUCUAUCAGCAAUGGAAACAGUUGGCAUGGUGGGUUAGACAAUGUGUUCAUGUCGCGAAUGACGCCAGCAAGCAAAGGGGUGCAGAGGGAGCAACAAAUCGCAGCCGCCAGGUCGACGAUCACAAGGAGAAGCCGUCGCCGAAGAAGCGUCCAUCUCGUUCGAAAUCGAAAUCACGAAGAGAGACGGCUGGAAAGGAAAGUCAUAGCGGAAAUAUGGAGGCUUUGAUAACGAUCACGCCAUACUAUGAUGCGUUUCUUGACACUGACAAGCAACGGAUAGCGUUGGCGGAGGCCGCAAUCUGGAAAACACUGCUGGAAAAGGGUAUUUUUACUACAAGUUCAACUAUCAGUCGCAUGGAAUGGGCCGGGAGAUAUGCGCACAGCAUACGUCCAAUGCUGGCCGAUUGUUUCGAGCGUUGCCGCACAUCCAGGGAAUUCCACAGCUGGCGGUGUCACACUGCAACGUUCCUCGCAUCGCUAACCUCCGCGGAUGAUUUGCUCGUCCAAGUCAAUCCGGUAGUUGAGAUUCUGAAAAGCAGACUCAAGCUUAUCUUUGACAUUGAAAGCGCCGUCCUCAGCCACGAUCUCAAGAACAUAGUACUCAACGCCUUCAAACUCGACAAGCAGCUCUGCCAGCAACAGGCACUCUGGUUCUGUGAUGACCCCUCGGAGGACGCUUGGGCCAGUCCUACCCACUCUGAGAGUGGCGAUGAACUUUCAGCUGCCGUGAAGUUGAGAAGCAGAGAGGUGUGGUUCGAAGACAAGCUCAUGGCGGUGACGGACGCAAAGAAGGAAAAACUGGGGAAGAGCGCGGCAGUGACUCUGAUCAUAUGUCCAGCGCUGAUCAAAGCGGGUAAUUCGUAUGGAGAGGACUACGAUGUGCUGCAAGUCCAAGCCAAGUGCGAGGUCGUCAUAUCGAGGAACGCUCCAAAACUGGCCACAUCCGCACCAAGGUCAACAUCCGCACCAAGGCCAAAGCCAAUGUCGGCGUCAUCCUCGAAAGUGAUGCUCUCGUCGUCAGCAGCGCCCACAUCAGGAAUCCAGUCGAGGUCAACAUCUGGCCAGCACGGGAUAAUGGAUAUAACUUCGGGCAUGAUGAAGGCUAGCCCUCGCGUUGAAUUCGACAUGAGCGGCAACAGCAGCCAGGACUCAGACGACCAGGAAUGA